CGAAUGUCAAUUUUGUUUGCAUUGAUUAGAGAGGACUGCAUUAUCCUGAGCUUACAGCGAUUUUCGGUCAUUCUCUUGACGAUCAGCAUGUAAAAAGCAGACCAACACGGUGUGAGGGACCUGAGAGGUGAAGAUGGAAGAGCCCUCAUCUUCCUCCACCCCCAAACCCGUCCCUUCCAGUUCCACAGACAAUGGUAGUGGUACUACCUUUACACUUCCCAAGCAACUGGAGGGCAUCAAACCUGCUGCAGAGUUCCCUGGCAUCCGUCAUCGCUGGAACACAAACGAGGAGAUCGCAUCAAUUCUGAUUGCAUUUGACAAGCAUAAAGAAUGGAUGCAUGUGGAGAUGAAAGUCAGGCCUCCCAGUGGAUCAAUGCUGCUGUACAGCCGAAAGAAGGUACGGUACCGAAAAGAUGGCUACUGCUGGAAAAAACGAAAAGAUGGAAAGAACAUCCGAGAGGACCACAUGAAGCUGAAGGUUCAGGGAUUAGAGUGUAUUUAUGGUUCCUAUGUACACUCGGAUAUACUACCCACUUUUCACCGGCGUUGCUACUGGUUACUGCAGAAUCCUGACAUUGUGAUAGUACACUACCUAAAUGUUCCAUACCCAGACAACACGAAGAUGAAGAUUCCAGUUAUAUCUCAGGCGUUUGAGAAGAAAGAAUGGACCAAAGAGGAACUCAUUGACCAACUCAGACCCAUGUUCUCAACAGGCCGACCAGGAGAGGAGUCAGAACAGAUGAUAGAGGAGUCGGUGGAGGCCCUAGUGCGACACUUGCUCGAGUACCAUGAAAAUUGUGAUAAAACGAAACCACACAAAUGUGAUAAGCCCUGUGAUACGAUCUGUUCUCACUCCAACAACAUGUACAAGCUCUCCCCACGCGGCACGCUCGCCGAACUUGACGCCUCGCGUAAGACUGAAGCUGCCACAUGCUGCGGGGCCAAGACCUCCUCACAAAUGACCAUCAUGGCAAGUUUAGCUACCAAGGGGCCAGAGAUCUCUCAGACAGCUCAGUCUCAGGGGUGUUCUACUGUAGUGGGAGUGAAGGAGAAUGUGGUGGUCCCCAUCAGUCAGAGUCAGAAGGUUGUGGACAUCGCCGUGACAACAGGCGACCUGGCUCCGAUGCCCUAUAUCCUCAGUCUGGGUCACCUGCCCAGUACUAGUCGCUAUCUGGUCGUCGGGGGACAAGUUAGCGCCAUGCAGACCCCCAUCACUGUCUCUGCUGCUUGUCAUGUGCAGCCGAUCUCGCACCUCAUUACACAGUUACCUAGCGAGCAGUUACAAAACAACAUGCACACAGCGCACCCUCACCAACAUCUCCAGGCGAUAUCUGUGACCCUCCCGGCACCUGUUGUCGCCACACAGGCACAGGUGCCAUCUGCUGACGGCUCAGGGAACAAUGCCACAACACAUCCCAGUCUCGUGCCCAACAAUACAUUUGUGUCCGGCGGCAGCGCUGACCAAUCUGUCGUUCCGAUGCAGGUGACCGUUGACGAGACCAUCGAGAGGAAAGCGGAGCUAGACAAAGGCAAUAAGCUCAAUCUGUUACCUCAUUACCAGCGUGUGACUGUUGAGGACGUCCAGACGGUCAUACAAUCACAGUCACAUAAACUCUUGCCACAACUGCAAACCAUUACGGCCGAGGAUGUGCAGACACUCAUUCAAUCUCAUAACACUGGUGAAUCAAAAAACACCAAUAGUUUAGACCUUCAACAUUGUUCGAUAAAGGAUCCUACAAAUAGCAUAGAGACAGACUCGGGCUGCUUAAAUUCCAGUCUCGGCUCUACUGACUACAGUUUUGAUAAUCUUGACUUACUAGACUUUCCAGAUGUAGAAAAGCUUGUGAAUGACUUAAGUACAUCCGAAUCUCGUGACAACUUUAACACGCGUAGUGAGGAAAUGGCUGGUCCGAUUCCUAUGCUUAAUUGUUCUAGUUGUGUGAACAACCAAAGACAGCAAGUCAGUCAAGAGAACAAAAGGUCAAGUCAAGGUCAUUUGAACAAUUCUCAAUGUCAAAUUCGGCAGCAGGCUGUCACCGACGGUCAGAUGUUACAUCAUCAUCAACAUAUACCCACGAGUAACCAUAGUGUUCAUAUAAAACGAGAAGUCGAGAAAAUGGCAGAUUCUGGGAUUACCAAUGAUAGUGUGAUGUCCACAGAAAGACUGACUGUAAAUCCGUCUGUGGGGAAUAAUGGGGCCAUUAUUACUGACUACUGCCCAGAGUGGUCAUAUACAGAGGGAGGUUGUAAGAUGCUGGUUGUGGGAUCCUGGCUGUCUGCCACAGCGCAAUAUGUUUGUGUGUUCGAUGGCAAAUCUGUCCCCACCAGACUAGUCCAACCAGGUGUUCUUAAGUGUUGUGUUCCAGCUCAUGCUGCCGGCUGUAUCAGUCUCCAUGUGACCUGUGACGGCACUGUGUUCUCCAAUAGUGUUCCAUUCGAGUACAAGGACAAGAAGCUAGAAGAAACCACUCAGAGUCAGCAGUCAGACUGGUUUUCAUUUAAUGAUGACUGUCUGAAGCUGCUGCUGAUUGACCGUCUGGCCGAACUAGAACAAAGACUGACCCAUGUGACAAGUCCAUGUGAACCUCCGCAAUCUAUUCUCAGACAGAUCCAGAAUUUCCUGAUGACUGGGGAUCUGGAAGAGAAACUGGUUUGGCAUGUAAAGAAGAUAGCGAGUGAAACGUGGUCAGAUGUGGACCCUUUUCCUAAGGCUGGUCCACAUAACAUGACACUUCUACACUUAGCUGCAGCCCUCGGCUACUCCAAGCUGAUUCAGACUCUAGUUCAUUGGCGCUCUGACAACCCAUGCUGGGUACUGGAGUAUGAGGUGGACGCUCGCUGUCAAGACGACAACGCCUGUACUCCACUGAUGUGGGCAUGUGGAAGGGGCCAUACCCAGGCAGCUGUUGUGUUAUAUCAUUGGAAUUCUGAGGCAUUACAUAUCCAGAACAAUGAGGGUUUAGUCCCGUUAAUAGUUGCUCAAAAACAUGGACACUUGGAAGUUAUACGAACGCUGGACAAAUUACUCACUGUCAGUUCGCAAAACUCAAUAUUUGCGUCGGGAGGAGGGAACUUUGUGCCCAUGCAGUCGUCUCCCCCGAAAUCUAUGGACACGCCACUCCAAACGUCCACGCCCCUCACAAAGGACAUGGUUAGGGGUCUGUUUAAGUCCCCACCACCUGUGAGUACUGUGUCGCGAAUGCCCGAGGCGACAACUGCCAGCUCCACGCCAACAUACCCUGGCGAAGGGUUUCUGAUCCGGCGACAGAGUGACCAAGCCCUCCGGGGCAAUUCCGUGAGGAAGAAACUCAACAAAAGGUUUUCAGUGGAUCUACUUCCUGUGCAUUCCAUAAGCAAUGACGGAUCAACAAUAACAGACUCUGCUAAUCGACCAAUCAGAGAGACCAAUUCAGAACCACAGCUCUCCAUGGCAACAGACCCCAUGACAAGACAGACCAAUCCAAUGCUGUCUGACCCAGGUCGCGACCUCACAUCACCCGACAUGAUGAUGCAGGCUGCUGAGGCGGCGUUCGAGGCUUCAAAGCACGGAGAGGCAAGCAUGGAAUCCAUCACACUUACUCCAAGGUCACAGGGCCCCAACUCUGUCCUUAUACAAAUGGACACAGAUGAGGUACUGUCCUCCGCCAGUGCUAGUCCUCUCAUAGACGUCGAGAAUUUGUCAUCUGACGAUGAGGACGUAGAUCUCCUACAAAGAUGUGUUGAAGAUGACGAAGAUGUCAAGCACCAGAUGGUUACACUAGCCAAACAGAUCAUCGCCGCCAUGCCAGAACGGAUCAAACUUUCCCCGAGCCGUACGGACGAACCCGUCCUGGAGUUCACGUACAUGAGGGAGAGAAGCGGAUCCUACAGUUCCAUUCCGUCACAACCAUCGCCGCAUGCAUCGUCGUACGAGGAAGACUCCGGGAUAUCGACACCGAUGGGCGACGGUCUCGCUUUUGAUGAAUAUAGGUACACAGAUCUUGGCACUCCAGCAUCGUCCCUGAGCCCAGACUCCACCUGUCUGCCGAGCCCCUACAGUCCGUACAGUUUCUCUCUGGACUCGCCUCCGCCCACUACCGCCGAGUUCACCGAGUACUUUAAUGCCCCAGCCACUUUCAUGGAGAAGGAUUUCUCACAGCUCACCCUGUCAGAUAUAGAACAGAGGAAGUUGUACGAGGCGGCUAAAGUGAUUCAAAGUGCGUACCGACAGUACAGGGACAAACAGCAGCUACAACAACAGAAGGAGAUGGAGGCAGCCGUUCUCAUUCAGAAGUACUACAGACGUUAUAAACAGUAUGCAUACUACAAGAAGAUGACACAGGCAGCAGUGUUGAUCCAGAGUCAGUUCAGGAGUUACUACGCGCAGAAACGCUUCAAGAAAAGUCGAGAUGCAGCCGUCGUGAUCCAAAACCAGUACAGAACCUACAAGGAACAUGAAAGGUUAAAAAAGGGAGGCAACCAAUCUGUCAUCAUUCAGCAAAGAUUUAGAAGUCACUACCAAAGGAAGAGUUCUGACGGAACAGUUCCAGAGGGUCACAUCGUCCAGCUUGUGUCAGAGGCUGGAGACAGAGAUGUCUGGAAAAUUGUGCAUUUACGACGGGAUCUGUUAAAGUUUCGACGAGAGCUCCCAGCCCGAGCCAAACAACACAGCCUGCGACAACACUCCGCCGGAAGUAUCCGACACUGAAAAAAGCAAAUACAACCAUGAAAGUACACCAGAGGGGACAAAGACUACGGAAUGAUACAAAACCAGGCAUGAGGCCACCCAUAGUUACCAGUAGAACUAUCCUUCUCAAGUGAUCAUUUAAAUUUAUACAACAUUCAAAUGGCAUGCUAAUGUACAGUUGACAAUUGUAUCUAUCAAUCACUCCAGUACAUUUCUCUUAAUAUCAAUUGAUAUGUGAUAUUAACUGAAAUGUGACAAUAAGCAGCAUGAUAUUAAGUGCAAUGUGACAAUAAACAACAUGAGAAUAAGUGAAAUUCACUCUAAGGUUGUGAUUUGGUGGAGAUUACACAAUAGGAUUAAUAAACAAAACAAAGGUUUGAUUUAGAUAAUUUAAAUCAAACAUUUGAAUUGUUUAUUUCUUAAUUUAAACAACAGAAAUUUAAAGUUCUGAUCAUUGUGACAUUUUACAAUACAGGGUUAAUGGGCAUGUAAUGUAAAGUUAUUGUUUUUGCUGGGGUAAGUAUGUGAGAAUAAAUGAAAGAUUUCGUCAAAUGUGGACCAUCCUAAACAAAUUACUUAUGGACAGUGUUUGCAAAUUCUGUCCAAAUUUCAAUCCAUGCAAAAGAAAAUCAUUGCACAGAAAUCUCAUCAUAUAACUUAUCCACGCUUUAUAAGAGGCAUUGAGUUUCCUUGUUGAGAUCGUGAAACAAACAUUAAGUCAUUCACCCCUGAAGACACAUUUAAACUCUUCCAAUUUAAAGGUUGGAAUAGUUCAUUAUGAAGUUUCAGGAGUGAAUGAGUUAACAUCCAUCAGAGCAAUUCAGACAUCAGGAAAUAGCCUCCUUCUGAAAAGUGGUCCCGUCCACAGAUUAAAAAUAGAAAAAAAAGUUGUUUUUUUUGUAUGAAAAAUGUUUGUUUUUUUAUAAAAACAUCAGUAUCUGCUAUGAUGAACAAUGCUCGUUUCCUUUAAACUACUUUAUCAUUACCUUUUUCUCCAGUUCCAUUUUUCUACUUUUUGAUAUCAUCAAUUUUGUGAUCAUGGAAAUGUAAAUGUAAGUGUGUUUUUGAAGCUUUGCAUUUUUCAUCUUCAAUCUUUUUAAGGAAAAUUCAUUCAUAUUGGUGACAUUUUAAUUAAUAUAUGAUUUUUAAGGCAUUCUUUUGAGUGUAUUUCAGAUAAUUAGGAGAACUGUAAGUUUCGUUGUAAAAUCGUUUCAUCCUGGUGUUUAUAAAAUAUCCUUUCUAGUGAUCUCGCACAUGUUCCAAAGUGAACUCACCUGUAACAUUUUUUUACCAUACAGUGAUCAAAGAAAUUGUUUAGAAAUAUUGUCUUUACCAACCUGCAGCUAAUUCAGAACGGAAACUCUCAUGUUUAUUUUCUACUAAAAGAUCAAGUUUAAACUUAUUGAUAAAAUAUUAACUUUUAACUUUUUGCCUGUGAUUUGUGUUAGAGUUAUCUCCCUUUGAAAUGUUUUUAUUAGCUAUUUUUGCCAAAAUUCCCAAGUUAAAGUUUUGGUGCAUGUGUUGACAUUCAAUAUUAUUUCAUUUUUUGUGCUAGCAUAGCUAUGGGCUGAUAUUUGGCGUGGAGGCUCCCAAGGGGAUCAAACACUAUUGCACAGAAGUCAAACACAAAAACAGUUUAUUCUUUCUGUUAAGUAUUGAAGCCCAAUUUGCUCUUUAUUUUUUUCUGCCAAAAUCUUCCAGGUAAAUUUUGUUGGUCCAAGUGAUGAAAAUUACUAUAAUCAUAACGAUCAAUAUUUCUAACAGUAAGGUGAUAUUUGGCAUGGAGGUUCCUGGAGAGGGCCAUGCAAUGUUGUACAGAAGGCAGAACAGCAACCUUUUUGAGAAAAAAAAUAUUAUCUGUUUUGGACUUAAAUUAUUCUUCAAAUGUUAUACGAAUAGUCGUGCUAUGCUAUUUCACAACAACUUUUUCACAUUUAUACCCGAAAAUGUUGUCAGAUGGUAACUUAAGUAUAUUUUCCAUUUAACUCAUUCACCCCUGAACAUACAUUUGAACUCUUCCAAUUCAAAGGUUGGAAUAGUUCAUUAUGAAAUUUCAGGGGUGAAUGAGUUAAUAACCUGCCAUAAUAGGUGGUUCACUUGCCUGUUACCAAAACAGUCUAGGUUUGAUUCCAAGAUUGGACGUGAAGAUAUAUUGGGUUGUUGGUCUGACAACUUGUUUUUUUUUCCAGAUAUUCCAGUGUCCUCCCACAUUAAGACCCCAACAUGCUUAAUAGUGAUCAAUAUAAAUUAGAAAAGCUUGUGUCAUAAUUGUUGUGAAAUAGAUAGUUUAUAUUUUCAUUGAUAUAAUUCAUAAAAAAAUCCAACAUGAAAAGACUCUUUUGAAUUAAAAAUAGCAUCGUGUAGAAGAUGACUGCUCAAAAUUGGUUAAUAACAGAUUUCUCAGUAAGGGAGAUAACUUGUCAGAGUUCUCAGUAAGGGAGAUAGCUUGUCAGAGUUCUCAGUAAAGGGUUAUAACUUGUCAGUUCUCAGUAAAGGGAGAUAAGUUGUCAGAGUUUUUAGUAAAGGGAGAUAACUUGUCAGAGUUCUCAGUAAAGGGAUUUAACUUGUCAGAGUUCUCAGUAGAGGGAGAUAACUUGUCAGAGUUCUCAGUAGAGGGAAAUAACUUGUCAGAGUUCUUAGUUAAGGAGAUAACUUUUCAGAGUUCUCAGUAAAGGGAUUUAACUUGUCAGAGUUCCGAGUAGAGGGAGAUAACAUGUCAGAGUUCUUAGUAAGGAAGAUAACUUAUCGAAGUUCUCAGUAAAGGAAGAUAACUUGUAAGAGUUUUCAGUAAGGGAGAUAACUUGUUAGAGUUCUCAGUAAGGGCGAUAACUUGUCGAAGUUCUCAGUAAAGGAAGAGAACUUGUAAGAGUUUUCAGUAAGGGAGAUAACUUGUCAGUGUUCUCAGUAAGGGAGAUAAUUAACUUAUCAGUGUUUUCAGAAGGGGAGAUAACUUGUCAAAAGGUUUUUUAAAAUUGAUGCCAAUAAUGAUAAGGUAGCAGAACAGUACUGGUUAUAAAAUAUGUUGGCUUUAGCAAUAAAGUUUGAUUCAUAAUUUUAUAUAAUUCAGAGGUCAUCAAAAGACAGAAUGUGGUAGAUAUUUAAAAGAUGUUAAUGAUUUAAAUGUGUAAUAUUCACCUUUAUGUAAUAGGAACUGUCCAAGUGUUGGAAAAUUUGUAACAAUAGAACCAUUUUGUUUGUUGAAGUCAUAAAUUACCUUGCAGUUUAUGAAACUAGGUUAUAUAAACAUAUCAUUUGCAUAGUUCAUGAAUUUAUUAGACGUCGGUUGUCAGUGAUAUUAAUACGCAUUAUUUAACAAAAACGACCAAUUAGCAUUCUCAUUGUACGUAAAUCGGUCCUGAAUGGCAGUUUGGCAGUCGCAAAUGUGAUACAUGCACCAGAUAUGCUACCUAAUACUCAUAAAUAAUGGCCAUAAUUGUUUAAUGAAACUUCAAAUAUAAAACAGACCUGUGAUUUGUUUACCAAAUUUUCACCCUUCAAAGAGUCGUAACUGGCACUAUCUGAUGAUUGCAAAUUGUUUGAGAAGUAUCGUUGCACUAAGGUGUAAACAUUUGACUGUAUGGACAGUCACCUAACGGAGUGAACAUAACCAUUUAUGGAAUUCAUUUAACAUGUUUUUUGUUGUGGAAUUCUCUUGUAAUGAAGGUCCAUAUCACAGUUAAGUAGCAUACAUCCUUAAGCUCCCAUGUCACUGUAAAGGAGCAUGCAUCCUUAAGUCUCCAUGUCACUGUAAGGUAGCAUACACCCUUAAGUCUCCAUGUCACUGUAAAGUAGCAUACAUCCUGAAGUCUCAUUAUGUCACUGUAAGGUAGCAUACACCCUUAAGUCUCCAUGUCACAGUAAGGUAGCAUACAUCCUUAAGUCUACUGUAAGGUAGCAAACACCCUUAAGUCUCCAUGUCACUGUUAAGUAGCAUACAUCCUGAAGUCUCAUUAUGUCACUGUAAGGUAGCAUACACUCUUAAGUCUCCAUGUCACAGUAAGGUAGCAUAUAUCCUUAAGUCUACUGUAAGGUAGCAUGAAUCCUUAAGUCUGCAUGUCACAGUAAGGUAGCAUACAUCCUUAAGUCUACAGUAAGGUAGCAAACACCAUUAAGUCUCCAUGUCACUAUCGUUAAGUCUCCAUGUCACAGUAAGGUAGGUUGAAUCCUUAAGUCUCCAUGUCACAUUAAGGUAGCAUACAUCCUUAAGUCUACUGUAAGGUAGCAUGAAUCCUUUAGUCUCCAUGUCACAGUAAGGUAGCAUACAUCCUUAAGUCUACAGUAAGGUAGCAAACACCAUUAAGUCUCCAUGUCACUAUCGUUAAGUCUCCAUGUCACAGUAAGGUAGCAUGAAUCCUUAAGUCUCCAUGUCACAGUAAGGUAGCAUACACCCUUAAGUCUACAGUAAGGUAGCAAACACCAUUAAGUCUCCGUGUCACUAUCGUUAAGUCUCCAUGUCACAGUAAGGUAGCAUACAUCCAUAAGUCUCCAUGUCACAGUAAG